ACGAAAGAAAAAAAAAAAAGAGAAAAAAAAGAAAAAAUAAAAAAAAAAAAGGAAAACAAGAAAAAGAAACAAAAGGAAAAUUAUUCGAGUAAGAUAUAUCGUUGAUAAUUUUUUCGAAAAAGACCUUCGAAAAGAUAGUAGAUCCUUUCUUUCGAAGAAAUAAAAAAAGGAUAAAUAUCGAAUAAAGAAAGAGAUAGAUCGAUAGAUAGUUAGAUAGUUAGAGAAAAAAGAUAAGUGUUCCUUUUUUGGUGUACUAACGAAUACGACGGACGAGAGUGUUCGAGAGAUAGAUUUAACUGUAGUACAUCAACGAGAAAAAGACGAAAAGAUAAAAGAUACGAAAGACACCGGAGACGAAAUACGACGAGACGAGAGAAGAUAGAAGAGAGACGAAACGAGAGUCGAGAGACGAGACGAGACGAGACGACGCUCUAUUUUUGGGGGCCCGACAAACAUACCGAUUUAACGUGAAUGCAUCGAGAAAGAAAGAAAGAAAGAGAAAGAGAAAGAAGAAUCGUUCGAGUGAAUCAUUGAAGAAUGAGGUCGAGGGAUUCUAUCGUUUACACUCCAGUUUCAAUUGGUCCAGACACCGACGACGAAGAAACAUUGGUUAAUGCGGAAGUCUAUAGCAAUGAUCUGGCGCAGAUUCGUGCAUUGGUCGAAUCGACGGGAAUGCUCGGUGGUUCGACUUGCCCUUCCUGCGAGAUGCCCUUCGACAAAGGGAAAAAACGACGGUUGAUCGAUUCCUGCGGCCACGAGAGAUGUUACUCUUGCCUUUUCCGUAGCGAGGCUUGUCCACUCUGUAUGAGGGCAGAACAUCAACGAACCGAUCUCAAUGGCGACGAUGAGGAAGACGAGGAAGGUUUGAUCGAUGGUAGAACCUUCGGUGAGGAGUUCGUCUUAGGUUCAAACAUCGAACCUAUGUCAACCCUUUUACCUAUCGAUGGUGCUUGGAUCGAUGACUCAUCGACGAUUAACUCACUUUGCGGGAGUCCAAGGCCACGGAGUAAACUCACGACUCGGGCCAAUCUAACGUCUAGAACAAUCCACCAACGUGAAAACAUGGCUGACAAUGUUCAAAUCGGAGAGCACGCUAAAGGUUCAAAAAGUAAAGUGAACUCACCGUUGAACUCUCAUACUCGACAGAAACCUCAAAUGAUGACUCAGAGUUGCCCUACGCCGCCCAAUCAACGAAGAAGAUUCUUUUUAAAUCCAAAAGUAUUGAGAAGUUCCUUUGGACCGCAACGAUCGUCGAGGCGCGGAAACUCCUCCCCUGAACCACCCACGGCUGAUAAUCCUUCCGCAUUAUCAGCAUGGAUGGCAUCAUCUUGGGAAGGAAAAUCAAGAUGGCCAGGUCUGGUUCUGGGAAAAAUCAAAUCUUUAUGGAGCAACAGUCAAGGAACGGCAAACGAUGGACUUAAUCAGCUAAUUGAUUCUUCCAAUAAACUCGCAGACGACGAAGGUGGUUGCGUGAAACCGUUGUCAUCGAAAACACGAAAAUCGUCGCAAUCGGAUCUUUAUAUGAGAUUGGGAUUAUUACUCGGUGGUAACCACGGACGAGAAAAUUCACCGGUUGAUACUACAAACUAUUUUACGGGUGCGUCCAAUCGUGUUCCCGUUAACACUGGUAUUCAAAGGGCACCGAUGCAAGGUCACGAUAGUUCGGCAGCAUCCUUCAGCAGUUUGACGAGCUUUGAGACGCAAACAUUAGCAUCGACCAAUACCAGUCCGGUAUCAACGUUAACAGGUACAUCGAGUGAAACCGAAGCGGCGGCUGCUCUACGUUCUACUAAUAAACCGAAGGGCAAGAUAAAAGGAAAAAUAAAGUCGAGAGAUUGCGACAGUGCCGGUAGUUUGGUAUCAAUCUCAACCUCGGCAUCAGCUUCUACGUCGAUGUCAAUGUCGAUGUCAGUUUCCGUUUCCGGUCUUUCGAACGGUAGUUCGAGCCCGUUAACACCAAGAAGACAUUCCGUUAAUGCCUCGCAAUCUAACCAACCCAAUGAUGAAGUAAAUCAAUUUAAGAACCGACGUACAUGCGUCAGAAGAUCGGCCAGGGCUGGUAACGUCAAGGGAAGCAUCGACCCCAAACUACGCUUCGUUCAGCAUCACGCCACGUCACAACUUACACUGAAGCCAUUAUUCUUUGAAGUUCCUCUUCUCGAAACUGAGCCAUUAUUCACAGGACGUAUUUGGCUAUUACACGAAAUAUUAUCAGUGAUAAACAGUUCGAGUCCUGGUAUAUUAAUAUCCGGAUCACCUGGUACAGGUAAAACGGCAUUGGUAUUGCAGUUGGUGGAACAUAGUUGUUUUGGUAGGCGACGUGUGCAACCGGUUCCGCCGGAAAUAACCGAGGAGAUCGAGAAUGAUAGAGAAAAAUCAAAUGCCUCGAGCACUCUUCAAUCGAAUGUUAGGCGCACCAAUGAAAAGGUUCGAGAAUUGGCGUCGCACGUAGUGGCCUAUCAUUUUUGUCAGGCCGAUAACAAUAGCACCUGUCUUGUGCCAGAUUUGAUUCAUUCGUUGGCCGCACAAUUAUGUCAGGCACCACAAUUGAUCGCUUACAGGGAAUAUUUAUUGUCCGAACAACAUCUACAGGGCUCACUAUCGCAAAGAGAGUGCACCGUAGAUCCGGAUCUUGCACUUUCAAGAGGCAUCAUCGAGCCACUCUUAACGUUAAGAAAAGCUAAUAGAUUGCCUGAAUCUACGAUGGUAAUUCUCAUCGAUGCCGUUUGCGAAGCUGAAUAUCACAGACCUGACAGAGGUGACACAAUAGCGUCCUUCUUAACGAGGCACGCGCCUAACUUUCCAAGCUGGCUCAAGGUCAUUUGUACGGUUAGAACGCAAUUAUUGGAAUGCGGUAAACAACUACCGUACACUAGGAUAUCGUUGGACAAAACUUCAAACGAUGUUGCUAGUAACAAUGUCACCAAGGACUUGUCCGAUUACAUUGGUUAUAGGCUCGCACAAAGUCCCGCGAUACAGACCAACGUGACCGCAUCCGUUAAUGGAAAAACGGAAUCAUCAUGUGGUGCCAAUCAAACUAGAUUCGCCUCGCAUUUAUUAACAUUGGCCAGAGGAAGUUUUCUAUUUGCAAAAUUGACCCUGGAUCUAAUCGAGAGUGGACAUCUAGUUGCUAAAUCAGCGAGUUACAAAGUUCUACCAGUUUCCCUCGCACAAAUCUUCCAGUUACAUUUCAACCUAAGAUUUCCUACAGCGACCUCCUUCGAUAAGGUCCAACCUCUCUUGGGUGUAUGUCUGGCAGCUUUGUAUCCCCUGACAUUAUUAGAAAUUUAUUAUUCGAUAAAUUCAUUGACUACAAAUCACUUCGUUUCGUGGGAAGACUUCAUGCAGAGAUUUAAGAUGCUCUCUGGGUUUCUCGUGAAACGACUAGACGACACAUAUAUGUUCUUUCACCCGUCAUUCAGGGAAUGGUUAAUGAGAAGGGACGAAGGUGAAUCUACUAAGUUUCUCUGCGAUUUGAGACUCGGGCAUGCAGCUAUUGCGUUUAGAUUGUCACGUCUACAGGCACCAUUGGACGGUGAAAAAGCAUUGGAGCUUGGUCAUCAUGUAUUGAAAGCACACGUUUAUAGGGGUGUCGCCCCUUGUUGGCCAUCACGUGAUUUACAAGCAAUUUGGCUGGCUUCAUCGACGGAAUGCGUUUCCUCGGCAUUGUGCACAUUACGUAAUAUUUAUAGUCCGAAUGUAAAAGUAUCAAGAUUGCUUCUGCUGGCGGGAGCAUCACCAAAUCACGUAACCGAAUAUUUAGGGAACGCACCGGUUCUUUGUAUGUAUGCACACGAGGGUUCAGUAGAGAUGGUCUCGCUUCUUCUUGAAUUUGGUGCGGACGUUGAAUUAACCAAUAGCCAAGGUUGCACGGCAUUGUCUCUCGCUGCGGCACGAGGUCAUUGUGACGUUGUUAGAAGAUUAGCCGCAGCCGGAGCUUCACUUGGUCACGUCGACAUGGCAGGACAAUGUCCAUUAGUACACGCGUCGAGACACGGUAAAUUGUCCGUAGUUGGUUAUCUAUUGGCAUGUGACUGGCUCGUACCGAGUGGUUUGAAAACAACCGAAAACAAUGUAUCGUCAGAGAUAAGAAGGGAAGAGGCGGCUCAGCAAGCGGUUGUCGCAGCUGCUGCUCAAGGUCACGAGUCGAUCGUAGAAUAUUUGUUGGACAUGGCCGAGGUUAUAGUAGAUUUACCGGAUACCUUGAUAGGUGAAACAGCUUUGACAAUUGCCGCGGCUAAUGGCUCGACUACAACAGUCUCCGCACUUUUGGCUCGUGGUGCUAGCCCAUUGUCUGUUAAUGCUAAAGGUCUCUCGCCAUUGAUGUUGGCCGCGAGAGAAGGUCAUUGGGGUACAGCUGAAAGACUCUUACAAGGAACAUUAUCAAGUAGUACAGACACCAUUCUAGAUGACGCUUUAACUUUAUUGGAUCAACGCGAUCCUUCUGGUCGUACGGCAUUGAUGUUAGCCGCCUCCGAAGGACAUACAAAUCUUAUUGAAAUGUUUCUCGAUAAAGGAUCCAUACUCGAAGCCAAGGACAAGGAAGGUCUUACCGCUCUUUGUUGGGCAUGCGUUAGAGGAAGAUUAACCAGCGUACAAAAUCUUCUUGAUCAUAAUGCCGAUGUUAACACGAGCGACAACACUGGUAGAACACCUUUGGAUUUGGCUGCGUUUCAGGGUAAUCCAAAGCUCGUACAAUUGUUACUCGAGAAAGGAGCCGCCGUCGAGCAUGUUGACUUGCACGGCAUGCGACCAUUGGACAGAGCAAUCGGAUGCCGCAAUAUACCAGUUGUACAAUGUUUCUUAAGACGCGGUGCAAAACUUGGACCAGCUACUUGGGCAAUGGCCGCUGGAAAACCCGAUGUCUUGCUUAUAUUAUUGAACAAACUUUUGGAGGACGGAAAUGUACUUUAUCGAAAGAGCCGUUUGAAGGAAGCCUCGCAUAGAUACGCAUACGCUCUUAAAAAAUUUCCUAUAUCGCCUGAGGAAGAUUGUCAGGGACAGGAACAGGGUCACAUGAUACUGCAACUUCAGAGUUUUGCACAAUUGCGAUUGAACUUCUUCCUGAAUCUUAGCCGAUGCAAGCGCAAGAUGAACGAAGGUGCAGAAGCCAUUGAACUUGCCGAAGAAGCAUUGAAAGUACGGCCAACGUCCUACGAAGCAUUUUAUGCGCGUGCAAAGGCACGCGUUGACGUUGGUCUAUUAGAGGAGGCUAUGUCGGACGUACAGGAAGCAUUACAAAUAGCACCGGCACAAAAUCGUCAGGAUCGUCGGGUUUUAAUCGUUCUAAGGGAUGAAAUAGUAUCACGUAUAGACGAGGCCGCAAGUGCGAACAAAGAAUCGAACGAUUGUAAUAAUCGAUCGCGUCUACGUGCCUCCGUUGACACACUCACGGAAUUAUAAAUAUUAUCGAGAUAUCGAUACUAGUUUUAUAAAGGGAGAAAGAGAGAGAGAGAGAGAGAGAGAGAGAACAUUUCUUUUUAUUUUGUUUUUUUUUUUUUUUUUUUGUUUUUUUUUUUGCAACACCCAAUAACUUCCGAUCGUUUCGAAUUUAAGUCUUAACGACGAUGAUUUGUUUCUUGAAUUAUUAUUAUUAUUAUUAUUAUUAUUAUUAUUAUUAUUAUUGUUAGUAUCAUUAUUAUGAUUAUUAUGAUUAUUAGUAGGAAGAAAAAAAAAACAAGAAAAAGGAGAAAGAGCGUGAUUUAUUAAGUUAUUUAAUAUAAUUAUAUUAUUCUCCAUCAUUAUUUUCGAUCGCAAUCGGUCGUUGUAACGCAAAACAAAUUACAUGCCGCACUACUUGCUCUUUUUUAAUGUUUUUUUUUUUUUAUUAUUAUUAUUAUUAUUAUUAUUAUUAUUAUUAUUAUUAUUAUUAUUAUUAUUAUUAUUGUCGCAUAAACCGAUUCGGGAUAUCAUAUUUAUGUGUUAUAUUUAAAAUGACUUUAUCGUGAACGUAAGUACUGCCAAGUAAUAGGAGAGCAAGUUCCAAAUGCUCGAAACGUAUUUAGCUAUUAUUAUAUACUAAUUCCGUAUUACGGUAAUAUAAAUAACAUAAAUAAGUUUGUUUAAUUGGAAAAACGUAUUGGGUAUUUCUUUCUUUAUUUUUUUUUUUUUUUUUUUUAUAUAUAUAUAUAUAUAUAUAUAUAUAUAUAUAUAUAUAUAUAUGUGUGUGUAUAUAUAUAUGCAAAAAAAAAUGCGCAAAAUUGUCAAAACAAACGGAUUCUUUUUAUGUAAGAGAUUUAAUUACUGUGCAGAAACGUGAUCAUUAUACAAAGAAAAAAGAAGAAGAAAAAAAAAUAUAUAUAUAUAUAUAUAUAAAUCUGUAUUAUAUAUGUAUAUGACAAUUAAAAAUUGGCUUACGUAAGAGUAUCCGUUGUAGUAAUAAUAAUAAAAAAAGAAAAAAAAAAAAUUAUUUAAUAAUUUCUUUCAGUAUUUUCGUUGACAUAAAAGAAAAAAAAAAAAAAGAAGAAAAAGAAAAACAA